AUGGCCUGGCGCAAUCAAGGAAUCACCGGUUCCAACAACAUCCCUCUGGGCCGUCGGCGGUUUGGGGGUGAAGAUGGCCCAGAGGAGGAGAGUCGCACGGCGACGCCUGCAUCUGUCGGUGGAGAUAAUGGGAUCAAGCGUGGCAGAAGCCCAGUUCGAGCGGACCCUCCUGCUGACGGUGUGAAGAGGCGCAAGAAGCGCAACCGUUGGGGUGAUGCUCAGGAGAACAAGGCUGCCGGUCUCAUGGGCUUGCCCACGAUGAUCAUGGCAAACUUCACCAAUGAACAGCUUGAGGCUUAUACUCUGCAUCUUCGUAUCGAGGAGAUCAGUCAAAAGCUCCGUAUCAACGAUGUUGUCCCUGCGGAUGGUGAUAGAUCCCCAUCGCCGCCUCCGCAGUACGAUAACUUUGGCAGACGUGUAAACACUAGAGAAUACCGUUACCGCAAGCGUCUCGAGGACGAGCGCCACAAGCUUGUCGAGAAGGCCAUGAAGACCAUUCCUAACUACCACCCGCCCUCUGACUACAGGCGCCCAACCAAGACCCAGGAGAAGGUCUAUGUUCCAGUGAAUGACUAUCCAGAGAUUAACUUCAUUGGCUUACUCAUAGGUCCUCGUGGAAAUACCUUGAAGAAGAUGGAGUCCGAAUCUGGCGCCAAGAUUGCCAUUCGAGGCAAAGGCUCCGUCAAAGAAGGAAAAGGUCGAUCUGACGCCGCUCACGCUAGUAACCAGGAAGAAGACCUCCAUUGUCUGAUCAUGGCAGAUACCGAAGAGAAGGUUAACAAGGCCAAGAAGCUUGUGCACAAUGUUAUCGAAACAGCUGCCUCGAUUCCCGAAGGCCAGAACGAACUCAAGAGAAACCAGUUGCGAGAGUUGGCUGCUCUCAACGGUACCCUCCGUGAUGAUGAAAACCAGGCUUGUCAGAACUGUGGCCAAAUCGGACAUCGCAAGUACGAUUGUCCUGAGCAGCGUAACUUUACCGCCAACAUCAUCUGUCGCGUCUGUGGCAACGCUGGCCAUAUGGCUCGCGAUUGUCCUGACCGCCAGAGAGGUUCCGACUGGCGGAAUGGCGGCGGUUAUGGCGGUGGCCGCAGAGCUAUCGGGCAAGGCGAUGCUGUCGACCGUGAGAUGGAGCAACUUAUGCAAGAAUUGUCCGGCGGUGCUCCAGGUCCAGACGGCCAGCCUCCUCGCCGGAUCGAGGCCGGUCCCGAUCACGGUUACGAUGAUCGUGACGCGAAGCCAUGGCAGCGCGGACCUCCUCCCAGCGAUGUGGCUCCCUGGCAGCAGAGAGGGCGGGACAACCGCUCUCGCGACGACUACGGAUCCCGCGAUCAGGGCAGUGCACCCCCGUGGGCGGCGCAGAGCCGUGGCGGCGAUUAUGGAUACGGAUCGCAUGCAGGUGGCUACGGCGCCCCUGGUGCUUCCGCUGCUGCUGGUGGCGCUGCUCCUUGGCACCAGCAAGCUCCGCCUCCACCACCCGGCGGAGCAAGUGCUUACGGGUAUGGGGCUUAUCCCGGUUAUGGCGCAGCUGUGCCUGGUAUGGGCGCCCCAGGUGCUCCUCCCGGUCUGAGUGCUCCACCGCCUCCGCCCGGCAUGCCUUCCAUGUACUACGGCUCUGGCAGCCCUCCACCACCCCCCCCUGGUGAAGGACCCCCGCCUCCUCCUCCGAGUGAACUACCCCCACCUCCUCCCCCUUCUGCAUAG